CCCCCAGCCCGGGCGGGCUAUAAGAGGCGGCGGCGGCAGUAUCGGGCCGCUUAUGCUGGCGGCGGGAGGCAGGGGAGGCAGCGGUGGUGGGGCACCUCCGCCCGCCACCGCCAUGAAGUCUCCUCAGGCCCAGCGGCCGACGGGUCAAGUGCUGGGGGAGGACGGCGGCGGGGGCCUGGCGGAGGCACUGGGGGAGUUCGACGCGGUGCUGGAAGAGUUCUCCUGCCCCGCCGGCCGGCGCCGCUUCCACUACGGCGAGCACCUGGAGCGCAUGAAGCGGCGGAGCAGCGCCAGUGUCAGCGACAGCAGCGGCCUCAGCGACUCGGAGAGUGCAGAUUCACUCUACAGAAAUAGUUUCAGCCUCAGUGAUGAGAAGCUUAACUCUCCAACUGCAUCUACUCCAAGCUUGCCAUCGCCAUCAGUAACUCCAUGUAAAGCAAAGCUUGGAGACACAAAAGAACUGGAAGAAUUCAUUGCUGAUCUUGACAGGACACUAGCAAGUAUGUGAAAUGAAUCUUUGGCAUUGUGCUUGCCUGUGAAUGUCCUCUGAAGGAGAAGUGACAUCAGUCACUGAGAACUGCUGCCCUUGUCUGAUAACUUUGCUACCCCAGCUAUUCACCUUCUGAACAUAACCUUCAUAAACUCCUACAAGUAUUUAACUGGCAACAUCAGUUUUAUUACUUUGCAGCAGAUGGAAUAAGACAGCUUAAGUAUUGCAGCUGUAUUUUUCUUUAAAAUAUAGCUUCAUUUUUAAUUUAAAGUUGCUUUGAUGAAAAUAUUUGUAAUUUUAUAUAGUUGAGAACUUCUAAUGCUUUUUUCCAUUGUAAUAUAUUUUUGUACACAAAUAAACCCUGCAUUGGAAUCCAGAUGUCUGAAAGCUUCACAUGAACAUGCAAACUCUGAAACCUAAGUACAAAUUAAGCUCUUAUUGAAAACAUUGAGCUUUAAAAUAUCUGAUAAGGGUGUAUUUUUCCUGUUAGACAAAAUGUGUUAUGCUGGCUUCAUGUGGCACUUCAUGUUUUUGUUUUCAAAUUGCUUAAAUAAGAUAAUUUUGUACUAUGUAAAAUUAAUACAAUCAGGAAAAUAAAAUUGGUCAAACUGUUA